CCCCCCCCCGCCCCCCCCCCCCGCCGCCAUACACCGCCGACCCAUCUCGGAAACAGACUACCAGCAUUAUUCACGAGACCUGCAAGGCGUCACGUGACCCCUCCGCAUGCGAAGCCUGGUUGUCCCAGUCCCAUCACGUGCCUCCCAACGCCACCGUUUUGCAGGUCAUCCAAUCCGCCUUGUCGGCAACCUCGCAGAAUCUGGACAAGGGUCGGGUUAUGGUUCAGGAUAUUCUGGAGUCCUCCGCCGGGAACAAGAACCGGUCUACCGCCGCCAGAAAUUGUCUGGAGGUAGUGAGUUACUCCGAGUACCGGAUCAAUCAGGUCGGCGGAGCUCUGUCGGGCGGCAGGCUCAAGGACGCGCGUGCAUGGAUGAGCGCGGCGCUGGUGUACCAGUACGACUGCUGGUCGGGGCUCAAAUACGUGAACGACACGUCCCAGGUGGUCCAAACGAUGGCGUUCUUCAACAACUCAUUGAUUGCGGGCACCAGCAGCGCGCUUGGAAUGUUGGUGAAUUACGACGUCUAUGGUGAUAAAACCGGCUCCUGGGGCCCGCCCAGAACCGAGCGAGAGGGAUUCUGGGAACCCGGGUCCGACUCCCACACUCCGGGAUGGGUCGGCCGUUUUCCGGCGGGGCUGACGGCGGACGUGACGGUGUGCAAGGGCGGAGGUGGGUGCGAUUACAAGACAGUGCAGGAGGCGGUGAAUGCAGCCCCGACGAACGGAAAGAGGUUCGUGAUCCGGAUCAAGGCGGGGGUUUAUGAGGAGACGGUUCGGGUGGCGUUGGAGAAGAAGAACGUGGUGUUGUUGGGGGAUGGAAUGGGCAAAACGGUCAUAACAGGGUCGAUGAACGUGGGCCAGCCGGGAGUCUCAACCUAUAACUCCGCCACAGUCGGAGUUCUCGGCGACGGAUUUAUGGCCAGCGACCUCACUAUCCAGAACACGGCUGGUCCGGACGCUCAUCAAGCGGUAGCUUUCCGGUCAGAUAGCGAUCGCUCCGUCAUACAAAACUGCGAAUUGAUCGGCAACCAAGACACUCUCUACGCCCACAGCCUACGGCAGUACUACAAAUCCUGCCGCAUCAUAGGCAACGUCGAUUUCAUAUUCGGAAACUCAGCUGCAUUCUUCCAGGACUGCCUCAUCCUCGUUGCUCCAAGGCAACUCCAUCCGGAAAAGGGCGAGAAGAACGCCGUGACAGCCCAUGGCAGGAUCGACCCCGCCCAGUCGACAGGCUUCGUCUUCCAGAAUUCCGUGAUCAACGGCACUGAGGCAUACAUGGCACUGUACUACAGCAACCCCAAGGUGCACCUAAACUUCCUUGGUAGGCCGUGGAAACAGUAUUCGAGGACAAUUUUUGUUCGCUGCACGCUGGAGGCUCUUGUCACGGCAGAUGGAUGGCUGCCCUGGGACGGCGAUUUCGCGCUGAACACUUUGUAUUACGGCGAGUUUGAGAAUACGGGGGCUGGUGCUGACACGUCGAGACGAGUGUCGUGGAGUAACCAGGUUCCGGCCGCGCACGUCAGCUCGUACUCGGUUCAGAAUUUCAUUCAAGGGGAUCAGUGGAUCCCUGGAGCUUCUGAUGAUCAAUAAGUGUGUAGAUAUUAUUGUAAUAUAUAUAUAUUUGAUGCUCAAUUCAAGAUUAACUGCAAGUAAAUGCAGGGGAUGGAGCAGGUGGAGAUUUUGAGAGUAUUGCUCUUGUAAUAUAAUAAUUCACAAUGAACAAGUUUUGUAAGUUGAGCUGAUUAUAGGCAAUACUGAUACAGUAGACAAGUUCAUUAA